AAACUUUCUAAACAGAAACGAACUUUGAGAGAUCAGAAAGUCGCUUUUGGUGUGAGCUAUCAAAUUCUGAACUCUUUCCUAUUCACCUACCAGCUGUGACUCCAUUGGAGAAAAUCUUCAUCAACUACUCAACAAACUAAGAUGAAGAUGGGUUCCUUCUUCAUGAGGGCCUCCAAUGCUCUCAAAGGCUACCCUUCAUCCUCCAAGCUUCUUCUUCUCUGCACUCUCAGCAUCAGUGGUGGAGGUGUAGUGGCAUACUCAGAAUCACGAUCAGAAACCGAACAUCCUAUUAUUGAUGCUCAUGUAGCCCCCAAAAAGAAAGUAGUGGUUCUUGGAACAGGAUGGGCUGGUACCAGUUUCCUUAAGGAUCUGGAUGCCUCACGAUACGAUGUUCAGGUUGUUUCGCCUCGGAACUACUUUGCGUUCACUCCCUUGUUACCCAGUGUCACUUGUGGAACAGUUGAAGCUCGAAGCAUCGUAGAGCCAGUUCGGACCUUAAUAAAAAAGAAUAAAGGUGAAAUAAAAUAUUGGGAGGCAGAGUGUGUCAAGAUUGAUGCUGCAAACAGAAAGGUCUUUUGUAAAGACAAUAUCAACAACUUAGUGGGAAGGGGCGAAUUUUCGUUGGACUACGACUUCUUGGUUUUAGCAGUAGGAUCACAAGUAAAUACUUUUAACACCCCUGGAGUGAAAGAGAACUGCCACUUUCUGAAGGAUAUCGAGGAUGCUAAGAGGAUCAGGCUGUCUAUCACAGAUUGCUUUGAGAAGGCUGUUCUUCCUAGUCUAUCUGAAGAAGAUCGAAGGUCGAAUCUUCAUUUUGUAGUUGUUGGUGGGGGUCCAACUGGAGUAGAAUUUGCUGCAGAGCUCCAUGAUUAUGUCCAAGAAGAUUUGACGAACUUGUAUCCAGCCGUUAAGGAUUCAGUGAAGAUAACAUUGAUUCAAUCAGGAGAUCACAUCCUGAAUACGUUUGAUAAAAGAAUAAGUACAUUUGCUGAGCAGAAGUUUUCAAGAGACGGUAUAGAGGUUCAAACAGGAUGUCGUGUCAUCAGUGUUAGCGACAAGGAAAUUACAAUGAAGGUGAAAUCAACAGGAGAGAUUUGCUCUGUGCCGCACGGAUUGAUUGUCUGGUCCACUGGCAUUUCAACUAUUCCAGUUAUAAGGGACUUUAUGGAACAAGUUGGUCAGGGUAAAAGACGUGUACUAGCAAUCGACGAAUGGUUGCGAGUAAAAGGAUGUGAAAAUGUGUAUGCUGUUGGUGAUUGUUGUACAAUAGAUCAACGAAAGAUCAUGGACGAUAUCUCAGCCAUAUUUGCGGCUGCAGACAAAAAUAACUCCGGUACCUUAACCAUUGAAGAAUUCCAAGAUGUGAUGGAUGACAUCUUAUUAAGAUAUCCACAAGUUGAACUUUUUAUGAAGAAAAAGCAUCUUCUUGAUUUCACCUCUCUGUGGUUAGAUUCACAAGGGAAUGAAAGAAAAGAGAUAGACAUAGAAGGGUUUAAGCAGGCUCUUUCUCAUGCGGAUUCACAGAUGAAGAGUCUUCCAGCUACUGCACAGGUUGCUGCCCAACAAGGUACCUAUCUAGCUAGAUGCUUUAAUCGCAUGGAUCAAUGUGAAGAGAAUCCUGAAGGUCCUCGGCGAUUUAGAGGAACCGGACGUCAUAAGUUCCUUCCCUUCCGGUAUAAGCAUUUUGGGCAAUUCGCACCGCUGGGCGGCGAGCAAGCAGCCGCAGAGCUUCCCGGGGACUGGGUUUCCAUGGGUCACAGCACUCAAUGGCUCUGGUAUUCUGUAUAUGCAAGCAAGCAAGUAAGCUGGCGCACAAGGGUAUUGGUCAUAUCUGAUUGGACUAGAAGAUUCAUUUUUGGAAGAGACUCAAGUCGUGUUUAGUGGGAUUAACAAAUUCAAGGCUGAAUAAAUUUGUGGCAGUGUCUCUGUUCAUUCUUAUACAUGUAUAGUAUGGUAAUUUUGGAGGCACAAUUAUUAGUAACAUUUUGAGAACUGUCAUAAUCUUUUGUAUGAAAAUUGCUUCUUCAGCUUCCA